UAUGAGCGCACGCGGCGGGAUCUCUAUCCCUUUUACCGCCAUCAGAUCUGAGUCCUUUUCUCUCUCAGCCUGCCUCACUGCGCACCAUAUCACAGUCGAACCGUCAGCUAAAGAAAUAAAGCAACCAAUCAAGCAACAACAUGGCAGACAUUGACAACAAAGACACAGCUGAAAUGGACCCUGCAGAUAUGGAGGACGUAGAAGAAGUGGAGGAGGAGGAGACUGGAGAGGACAACAAAGCUCGUCAGCUCACUGUGCAGAUGAUGCAGAACCCACAGAUCCUGGCGGCGCUGCAGGAGCGACUGGACGGACUGGUGGGCUCACCGUCUGGUUACAUGGAGAGCUUACCGAAGAUUGUGAAGAGGCGUGUGAACGCCCUGAAGAACUUACAGGUGAAGUGCGCCCACAUCGAGGCCAAGUUCUACGAGGAGGUGCACGAGCUGGAGAGAAAGUAUGCUGCCCUCUACCAGCCUCUCUUUGACAAGCGUAGUGAGAUCAUCAAGGCAGCGUAUGAGCCCACAGAUGAGGAGUGUGAGUGGAAGGCGGAUGACGAGGAAGAGCUGAGCGUAAGUAAGCAGGAUGAGAUGAAGGACAAGGCUAAAGUGGAGGAGGAGAAGAAGGAUGAAGAGAAGGAGGACCCCAAAGGCAUCCCUGAGUUCUGGUUGACCGUUUUCAAGAACGUGGACCUGCUUAGCGACAUGCUGCAGGAACAUGACGAGCCUAUUCUUAAGCACUUACAGGACAUUAAAGUGAAAUUUUCAGAUGCUGGUCAGCCAAUGAGCUUCACAUUAGAAUUCUUCUUCGAGCCCAACGACUUUUUCACCAACACACUGCUGACAAAAACCUACGUAAUGCGCUCUGAACCCGAUGAGACUGACCCCUUCUCCUUUGACGGCCCAGAGAUCAUGCGCUGCACAGGGUGUCCGAUUGACUGGACGAAGGGCAAGAACGUCACGCUGAAGACCAUCAAGAAGAAGCAGAAGCACAAGGGACGCGGAACAGUCCGGACCGUCACCAAGACUGUCCCCAACGACUCCUUCUUCAACUUCUUCUCUCCCCCAGAAGUCCCAGAAAGUGGUGAAAUGGACGAGGACUCUGAGGCAGUGCUGGCUGCGGACUUCGAGAUUGGUCACUUCAUCCGCGAGCGCAUCGUUCCCCGGGCCGUGCUCUACUUCACAGGAGAGGCCAUCGAGGAUGACGACGAUGAUUAUGAUGAGGAAGGGGAGGAAGCUGAUGAUGAGGAGGGCGAGGAAGAGGCAGAUGAAGAGAACGAUCCAGAAUAUGAUCCCAAGGUGUAAAUGAUGUCUAUAGAAAUAACCCUAUCUAUCCUGAAGGACGCCAAUCCACCCGCGGAGUGCAAGCAACAGUGAUGCCUGUGCCCUUUCCCCAUCCGACGGCCUUGAGGAUCAACUGCACUGUAACAGCUUCUGAAACAAAACAUAGUUAAUUACCGCCUUAUAAUGUUUUGUAUUUUUCUUGGUAGAAAUGAUUUCACUAAACCAACAACAAAAAAAAAACUGGGGAUUCAGAAUUUUUGUUACAAUGAAGAAGACCGAAAAAACUCGAUAAUGUGAGCCGUGGCUCUACAUGCAUAGUAUUUUAUUAGUUUUUUUUUUGUUUGUUUUUUUUUUGUUCUCUUUAUUAUAUAUAUUUCUUUUCCUCUGUACAAAUAGUUAGGAUGCAGAAAAUCCCUGAGAGGAAAAAAAGCAUGAACUUCACUGCUUAAAAGAGAGGGAAAAAAAAAAAAACUAGUUUGGGUUCUUGUGAAGUCUUUUGUCGUAUCGCUCUUGGACAACAGCUGUGGAACAAAUGCCUGUGUUGGGAAAUGGGGUGGGUGGGUGGGGGGCGGGGUGAGGAAAAAACAGGUGCACAAAAACCCUUGUUUAUGCGUUCCAACUCUUAACCAAUUCCGCGCCCCACUGAUACAUAACCAAAGCUGUGGAUGCCCUGGCUGCAUGAAAUGAACGGUGCGUGCGUGUGUGUAUGUGUGUGUCCUCUGUUUUUGAUGUUUUUAAACACCCAAUGAAAAUGGAUGUGAAGUGUAUCCUACAUUCUGGAACUAGGCCUUUGCGUUCCGUGUAGAUCAGGAAAAAGAGAGGGGCCCAAAUAACUUGCAGCCAGUUGAAGUUAAGCCAAGCAAUCUCAACAUUCCGAUAUCUAGCAGCAGUUCAGAACAUUCGGAUUUGCAGACGUAUCUCUGCUAAUAUAGUUUUAAGAACAGCCUGAGCAGUUUUACAGUUCUUGGAUACCUAAUUAUGAAAUCUUUUUCUCUACCUGAUUUACCUGGGUUAUGCUGGAAUUUUAACAGCGGCGAGGGUCGGGGAUCAAACACAUGGCUUGUGGAUUAGCAUCAUCCUAACAUUCCAGCUGAUUAGGUUUCAUCUGUCUGAUACAAGCAAGGAAAGGGUUGUUGGAGUAGAGUUAGUGAGCCAGUGCCUGCGCUGUGCCUUCCCUGAUCAAAGCUCUUUGACCCACUGUUACAUAUCCAUUCUUUUCUAUAAUGGUUUGUUCUAGCAUUGAACAUGUAGGCAGUGGUGUCCUUCCCCUAAAAAGCACUUUUGUCCAGUGAAAGUAUUCCUAAACCCCUCCCCCCUUCACCAAUCGGAGAAUUGAGUGCUUAGAGUAGUUUACCAACAAAGCACUGUAGUGGCAGCCCAGCUUCUUUUUCGGAAUCUAGAAUCCUUUUUGGAAUCUCAUUCAUUGCGUAUGGAAGCUUCUCCACUCAUAUUUGAUAAUCCUUGCCCUUUUUGUUUUCGGGAGGAAUCGGUUUGAAUCUUGUUCUCGUGGGUUGUUGAUAACAGCCAGGGGGGUGUGUGUGUGUGUGUGUGUGUGUGCACACCUGCGUGUGAGCAUGAUGUGUGUUUGGCCCUGAGUGAGACCCAGUCAGUAGUUGGGGUACAGAUUCCUGUCUGUCCCUUGCCACUGAGAACAAGGCCCAUCACUGUGAAGGGGAAGUGUGUGUGUGUGUGUGUUUGAGUGGGGGAUGUGUAGAGUGAGAGGAUGGUCUCCACGUCAUUGGUGACUGCUUGGGGAUUGACGUUUUCUUGUAGCUCUACCAAGCAGGAUUUCCCUCAACCAGACGAGCAAUACUGUUAAAGGGGAACAAAAUGUAAAAAAUGACACAGGUUGUUUGGGUCCUGUCAGUUAAGCAUUGUAUGUGUGAGCAAAAGAGUUGUGUGUGUGCGUGUGUGAGGCACAGGUGUCCAGCCUCUGCAUUGCUCCCUGGUACAGUACAGAUAAGCCGAGGGAUGAAUAAUGUCGAAGAAUGAGUACCUGUUGGGGGUCUAAAUUGGGAUUGUGUUUGGAUCCCCUAAAGCAGCUGUUGUCAAAGCAAAACGCCAUGCUACAAAAUACUAAUGUACUCAAUAAAACUGUACGUGUAUGUAUAUUCAUGAAAUAAAUUGGUUAAACGUGA